AUGUCAGAAAACUUCCCCAAGCCCACCAGUAGACCGGGGAUCCAGGCGGUGCAUGUGAAUUCGGCCCGGGAAAUGGUGAAUUUGCACGUUCAGGGCAGAAAUCCCAGGCAAACAAACUCCAAUCAGCUUCAUGGACGAGUGGCGACGCAACUCAGAGCACGAGGGGCUGAAUCCGCCGCAAAUGCUACUGAGCCACCCCAAAAAGCAGCCCAGAGCGAAGAGAGACCCCAAAUUAGUGGUACUGGCAUUUCACAGGCUUCGUCAAGAGCACCUCCAUCGCCGUUGCAAACAUCCCAUCCGAAUGUCCUGGUUCCCGCCAAAGAUCACCAAGGAGAAUGCAACAACCCACAAUGUGGCCAUUGCGGACAAGUGAUCAUUCCACUGCCCAAGGCAACUUUUCCCUUUCACGAAAAACCGUCCAUUACCGUCAAUGACUGGAGCAUAUAUACCAUGAAAGGACCAAUUCUCCUGUCAAACGAGUUGGACUACUUGAACAGCAACCGAUUCGAGUUCCCGUUGCCAGAGAUGAUUUUUGGCAACAACUACGUGCGUAUUGUUAACGAUAAGACCCAAGCAGUGAUUGAAUUCAAUACAUUGGAUGCUCUUGACUCUUUGAACGAUACAGCAGACUUUAAGGUCAGUUACUACAAGGAAUGGCUCAGCACGCGUCCCAAGGCAAGUGCGUCACAGGCAGAGACUGAUACCGGCUCAACCAAGUCGGAUUUGGAGUCGGUGAAGCCAUACGACUGGACGUAUUCCACCAAUUACAGAGGAUCAGUAACGGAUGCAAAAUUCGAAAGCACUGGCGAUAAGAUUCCUUUGGAGAAACUUCUCCGUCCAGACCCAAUUCUCUUCUUUGAUGAGUCGAUUCUCUUUGAAGAUGAGCUUGGCGAUAACGGGAUUGCCAUGCUUUCAACUAAAGUGAGAGUCAUGCACUCUUGUCUUCUUCUCUUGUGUCGGUUCUACUUGCGUGUGGACGAUGUAGCAUUCCGAGUGCGUGAUACUCGUGUGUAUGUUGAUUUCGAAACCAACGAGGUUCUACGAGAAUACAAGACCCAGGAAGCGCAAUACGACGAGCUUUUGACAAAGGUUAACGGACGAAGCUCUGAUCCUAAGAAGUUGUUGCGGGAUUCCAACUGGGUUUCGCAGAAUAUGCCGGUAACCUCAUGCGACGUGGAAAGAUUGUCCUGA